AUGAUUGUUAGUCAAUGUCCAUUAACAUUUAAUGGAGCAUAUGGCCUUAGUGAAGAAAAUCAUUCUAUUAAAUUUUGUGAAUAUGGACAAAAUCGUCGAAUUCGAUUAUAUGAACAUUUCCGACAGAAGCAUAAAUUAAAAGAAGUUUAUAUUAAACGUUUACUACUAGCUAUUGCUGAUAAUCAAGAUCCUAGGAAGACAAAAUUAUUUCAUGAAAAUGAAAGUAUAAUUGAUCCAUUUUGGAAAGUACCAUGUCCUUUUAUUAAUGGACCGUCAUCAGAAUGUUGUCAAAAAUCUUUAAAAAAGAUAUCAUGUGCAUAUCGAUUUAUUCAAUUUGAUAGAUUAAAAUUUCAUUUAGAACGUUAUCAUCAUGUUGAUAAUAGACAUGCACUUAAGAUAGUGAACAAUUUCAAAACAAUGCGCGCAAAACAUGAUACAGUUUCAAUUUCACAAAUUCUAUCAAUACAAUCAGAAGAAUAG